AUGGUUUGGGGUCGGUCAAGCUCUCUGGCCAUUAUGCUGGCAGGCACGGCGCACGAAGGCUUCUCGAAAACGGCGCAGAAGCUUUUGAAGGACAUCGAGCCGUUGCUCAAGGAAGAGCUUGCAGCCAAUCCUGCCUACCAGCUGGUCUUCUGCGGUCACAGCAUGGGUGGCGCCUUGGGUGCCAUGUGCGUCGCCAUCCUCCGGGCCAAGGCUCGGAUUCCCGAGACGUGCGAGGCCUAUGCCUGGGCCAGAGGUUGCCGUGCCUAUGGAAUCGGGACCCCAGCGGUGCUCUCACGGAAUUUGGGCGAGGCCUUGGCGGCUGACAAGGCCGUGAUCACCGCGGUGAAUGCGCAGGAUUGGUCACCUCGUGCGUCUCUGUCGAAUGCCACAGAGCUGUUGGACGACCUGUGCCAGCUGAGCGUGGCCCGCACAGUGGCGCGCCUGGUGUCUGGCUCUGGCUACGCCUCGCGUGGGCCGGAGCAGCCGGAGGUAGAACAGCUUCCCCCAGGCAUCCUACUGCAGAUCGUCCCGGGCCAGGAGACAAAGCUUCUCCAGGCGACGGUGACCGACUAUCGACACUCCUUCCCUGCCUGGCCCGACGUGGCGGCACACAUCCCCUUGGCCUACGUGGAAGGGCUGGCGAGUGGCUUGCAAAAGUACAUUGCCGCUGACCUGACGCUGUCCUUCUGCCAACAGCCGGCGCUGCAAGCGCUGCGCCGUGUGAUGACCAGCUCCGCCAGCGCCUGCGACAAGGCGAAGCUGCCGCCGGAGCCUGACAAGGCGAGGCAGGUGGUGAGUGAGAACCUGCAGCAUGUUUGCGGGAUCAACAUCAUGCCUUUGUGA